AAAAUUGAAUGUUCCAAAUUCGCGCUUUUAUCAACAAAUUAUAUUGUUCGUCGGUCCUUUGAAAAUGUAAUAUUAACAGAAACGAUUACUAAUAGAGUGAAAUUAGAUAGUUUUCUACCUGAUUGAACACAGCUACGAGAUAUCAAUUAAUAAUGCGUUCACUAAGUAGCAUGAGGAAAGUUCGUUACAUUUUAGGAAUCGACUUUUUCAACUAUCGAAAUAAUCAUAAAAUACAACUCAUACGAGGCAUACGUACAUUUAUUGGAUAUAACAGGAGAAUAAUUUAUUAGCCACUCUUCUUUUACAAAUGUUACAUCUAUGACAUUUUACAUGCCUAUCUAUUAUUGUAACCUAUAUGAUAACCAGUCCCUUCAAAACAACACAAUACAAUGUGCUCAAGAUCGCAACACUUUCACGUAUAUAAUUCCGUUCGAAGCCGUCCGUGUAUUAGGCGGAACUAAGAUUGUGUUCACGACUUUAAACUUCACAUAAUUCUGAAUGAUCACACGUCCUUCCACUAGACGUCUUCCUACUUUUCUAUACCUGUCUCUUUCGUCACACAUCAAAGAUUCUUCUAGAAUCCACCAGAGGGCGAAUGUUGUUUUUAUUAAAUGAAUAAUCGUUCCCGCCACAUCCAAUAUAUGCAACCAACUUGAAGGUACACACACGUGCUUAGAGAUCAGUGGCUGCGAAUCUUAUUUAGUUUUGACAGAAACGAUUUAAGUUCAUAAUUGCAGGUAAAAUGUCGAAGCGAAAAGGAGUUUCUCUUGAUGAGAAACGUGCAAGAAUGCUUCAAAUAUUUUAUGAAAAAAGGGAAUUUUUUACAUUAAAAGAAUUAGAAAAAAUAGCACCAAAAGAAAAAGGCAUUGUAACACAAUCUGUGAAAGAUAUAGUUGAAGCAUUAGUCGAUGAUGGAUUAGUAAGAUCAGAGAAAAUUGGUACUUCUGUAUAUUUCUGGACAUUUCCAGGUGGAAACAUAACUGCUAUAGAGCAAAGAAUAUCGGAAGCUUCUAAAAAAAUAGUAGAGGCAGAAUUUAAACUUCAAAGACUGAAAGAACUUUGUAUUAAAGAACAGAUAGGAAAGGAAAAUACAGAAGAACGACAAGUUCUCUUACAUGAAAUAGAAGAGCUAAAGGCAAACGAGGAUCAAUUGAAAACUCAAAUUGCUAAAUUUAGUGAUGCCGAUCCAGAAGUUACAGCUAAACUUAAGGAAAAAGCAGAGGCUUAUAAAGAAGCUGCUAACGUAUGGACAGAUAAUAUUUUCGGUAUUCAAAGUUGGUGUAAAAAUAAGUUUGAUAUUUCUGAAAAAAAACUUAAUAAACAAUUUAAUAUUCCGGAUGAUUUAGAUUAUAAAGAAUGAAAAAAGUAA